AUGCCCCGCCGCGUCGUCUCCCUCUCCCGCUCAUCCCCGCGACACAUCAUCAUCGAUCCCGCUCCACCCUCCAGUCCCACGCACUCCUUCGCAUACUCAGGCGCAUCAACAGCAUGGUCAACCCAGGGCCACAAACGCGCGACAUCGACAUCGACACCGACGCCGACGCCGAGUCCGCCGGUUAGUGCGCAGACGCAGAACUCGACGACGGGGUGGAUACAGGGGUUGAGGAGGCGGAGUGGAUCAUCCGCUAGUGCUUCUGUCUCUGCGUCGCUGAGUCGAACGGGGUCAUCGCUGUAUACUACAUCGACAACUACGGAUCACGCUACCAGGGAACGAGGGAGUAGGACGACCUCGAUUUCGGGGUUAGGGAGUAGUUUGAAUUUAAGGCCGAGGAGGGUGUCGAUUACACUACACACACCACGACACGAAAUCAUUCCUCCACCCUCCGAUCCCAUCCCGCGUGAACACACACCCGAGCCCCUCCUCGACUUCGACUUCGAGCCACCGAGUCCCGGGAGUGGAGGAGCUGGAUCAGGGGUGAGGAGGAGGGAGAAUGCGAAGGAGCGGUGGACGCGGUUUCGGAUGUGGUGGAAGAUGGGGGUGUUGAGGAUUAGGAGGAGGGUUGAGAGGGGUGGGGGUGGGGUUGGGUCGAGGGUUUAG